GCUGCAGCCCCGAUGCCAGCACUUGGGCUCCCAGAGGCCACCAGCAACAGGUAACUAACUGGUCCCUGAGCACCUGCAGCAAAAUGCUGCUCAGCUCCUGCCUGCUCAGGAGGAUGCUCGUCUUUAUAGGUUUAGCAGGGCUUCUGAAAGAUUUUAUGGCAACUGGCACUUUUGCUAGGAACAGUGACUGUAAAGGCGCAACCGUAGCCGACGUGACUGAGACGCUCGAGAAAUACUCAGAAUGCUUCCAUAAAAUGAUCAUCGACGGGGAAACAACAUCAAUCAAUUUGCUUGCCUGGAGACUGCAAGAAAUGCUGGAUCGUCUCCGACCUGUUCAAGAUAAAUUUUGCAAGCAGCUACCCCCGUGCCCGCUCCCGCUAGCCCCCAGCAACGGCGGGCUGGUGUGUGUCACCAUUGAUGGCCUUCAGUACUGCAAACCCAUGUGCAACAAGGGCUACGACUUCCAGUUCCUCCGGAGGACGAGGCUGUACGAAGUGUGCGGAAACACCACCGGCUUCGCCUGGACGACGCAGCUCGUCGGGGGGGACGCACUGGCUGUCUGUAACCCCUCGGAGGUGGAGAUCAGUGGAGCUCAGUCUGCCUAUUUCCCCGCAAACAGCACCUGCCAGCACACAAUAGCCUUCGCUGAAACUGAGAAAGAGCAGACAAGUCUCUUCCUCCAAGAGCUUCGCGAGCAAGGGAUCGACGUCUCCAGGCAUGACCGCAAGGCUGACUGCGUAAUGUGUGGUUACUAGCGCCGGGGCGGGCAGGGCCAAAACGCUUCUGCCACAGACCAACUGGUUGUUGCAAUCUGACAUGGGUAUUUUGACCUGAACCCUAGAGCAGUGCAAUCAUUGCUAAGACAUUUAAAUGUACAGCUUUUAUUUAAUUAAAAGAUUAAAGAUCAUAGUCAUCAUUUGACCUCA